CGACACCUAGCCAGUGUCAAGCUGAGCGCGAAGGGUAGCGGCUGUAAAUGUCUCAGAAGCAGCAGCCUACCUGUUGGAGCUCGCAGCGGGAUAGUGCCGCGUCGGACGCAUGCUGAUCAUUGCACCUGAAGGAGAAAGCCGAUUGCACUUGAGAAGGAGUAGGAAAGAAAGAAAGAAACAGCUGAAACAUGUCUCCAAGGUUUUUACUCUGUGCGGUGUUUGUCGUGUACCACGGAACACAAACCUGCAGUGGAUUUAAUAUAGAUGAACGCUUUCCUGUGAUCAAGGAGGGGGUAACCAAAGGCAGCUUCUUUGGAUUCUCAGUAGCUUUGCACGAUCAGACGGAGGGCUCCAGAAAACACCUACUGCUCGUUGGGGCCCCCAAAGAGAAAGCCAAUUCUCUCAAAAAUGUCAAUGAAACAGGAGCUGUUUACUCUUGUCCCAUUACCACAGAUACCACAGACUGCUCCAGGAUGGACCUGGUCACCUCAACAACUCAGUCUGAGAUGGUGGAGGGCAUGUGGUUGGGUGUCACUGUGGCUAGUCAGCGGGGCCAGCCAGCGGGACGAGUUCUGGCAUGUGGGCAUCGCUAUGUUAAGGUUCUCCAAGGCGGUUCAGAAGAACAGCAGCGGAUGAUCGGACAGUGUUACGUAAGGAGUAAUGAUCUGACCUUUAACCCCAGUGAUGACUGGCAGACUUACAAUUAUGAGGUCUGUAACCCCACAUUUGACAUGGAAUUGGAGGGCAUGUGCAACAUGGGCAUCUCAGGUGGCAUGACAGACACGGACGUCUACAUUGGUGCUACAGGGAGCUACAUGUGGCAAGGAAAUGUUCAUGUAACUUGGAGGGAUCCAGAUCCAUUAAACUCCUGGGACUCAGUUGGUACUAAUUUUGGACAGCUGCCGUAUCGAUACAGUUACAUGGGGUAUUCAGUUCUUGAAGAGAAGAAGCUACUGAGCCAUGAUGACUACACAGUGGUGACAGGGGCUCCUAGGGACAAUUCCAAGGGCUCUGUGAUGUUUGGGAAAAAGGCUCAAGAUAAAAUCGAGCUUGUGCAAAUCAUCUAUGGCGAACAAGUGGGCUCAUACUUUGGAAGCAGCCUGGCAGUCACCGACCUCAACAACGAUGAUUGGAAUGACCUGAUUGUUGGUGCUCCAUUUUACUUUGACCGUACAAAGGACCAAGGAGGGGCAGUUUAUAUUUUUAUGAAUGAGAAUGGAUCUUUCAAUUAUACUGCCACUGUGGUCCUGAAAGGUUCUUCUGGAUCUGGAUUUGGUUUUGCAGUUGCUGCCAUCGGUGAUGUAAACCAAGAUGGAUUCCAAGACUUUGCAGUGGGGGCACCAUUUCACAAAACAGGAAGCGUCUACAUAUGGAUGGGAAGUAAAAAACAACCACCACAGGAAUACAGUCAGGUGAUUGAGGGCAAUUCAGUAAGUAAUGGCACAUUCAAGACCUUUGGCUACUCCAUCAGUGGAGGGAUGGACAUGGAUGACAACAGUUACCCUGAUAUCUUAGUUGGCUCUCUGGAUGAUCACAUUGCCCUUCUCAGAGCUCGACCUGUAAUCCAUUUAACUAAAAACUUCACUGCUGAACCCAAGAUUGUGGAUCCUAAUCAGUGUACUGAAAAUAAACCAUGCAUUACAGUUACCAUGUGUAUGUCAUUCACUCUAAGUAAUGGAAACAAGAACUUCAAAAGGAAUAUCACGGUGGAUUACACAGUGGAAGCCGACAUAAAGACAAGAAGUCCUCGUAUUCGAUUCCAGAAUUCUGGUGGUACAUAUACUGGAUCCAUGAGCCUGCCUUCCUCCACAUCCAUCUGUCAUACUCUGAAACUGACUGUAAUGAAAGGUUUGAAGGACAAACUGGAACCGGUGGUCUUUUCCCUCAACAUGGCGUUACAACAACAACAACCAAAAGUCAGACGCUCCCUGCAGAACCUGGACUCAUUCCCAGUUCUCAGCCAAGAUCAGAAACUCACAGAAAAAACUGAGAUUAACUUUCAGAAGGAAUGUGGCUCAGACAACAAGUGCACAAGCAACCUACAGCUGAAAGCCCAGUUUGUUGACGAGCAAACAAGGCCGUACCCCAGACAGGGCAAGUUUCAAGUGCUCAAGUUCAGCAGCAAUAUGAAGUUAAGGCUGCAAGUGAAUGUGACCAACUUUCCUUCCCCUGGGAGGCUAGCUGAGGACGCCCAUCAGGCAAUGCUCAACGUCACCAUCCCUGGUGUACUGACGUACGCUGCCUUCAGGCCUGUGGAUGGCCGCUUUGAAUGCCAGAGUGGGGACGGUGCAGUCAUCUGUGACUUGGGGAAUCCUCUGAAAGGGAAUGAAGAGGUGUCUCUGCAGCUGUGGUUUGAGACAAGUGGCAUUGACUUGUACACAAAAGAAGUCAAGUCUCAGCUGCUUCUGUCAACUCUUAGUGAGCAGAGUGACCUGAGUCCUGUGACGGUGGGUCUGGUGAUUGAAAACACCAUCCUCCCCUCCUUCUCCGUUGCAAAUCCAGUAGUACGAACCAAAUUUGGUGGGACAGUGAUGGGCGAGUCAGCUAUGGGCAGCACCAGUGACGUGGGCAGUCUGGUGGAGUUCACCUUCAAUGUUGACAUGAGGGGGCAGCCGCUAGGAGAUAUGGGGAGUCUGGCUGUGGAAUUUGAGUGGCCACUUGAGGUAGCCAACGGCAAGUGGCUGCUGUAUCUGACGAAGAUCGUCGUUAGGGGGGAAUCAGAAAUGGAAUGUGACCCUCCCGGGGAAGUUGUCAACAUGCUUAACCUGACUCUGUCAGAGAGCAAACCCAAGCGUAAGAAACGACAGAUCACAGAAGAUGAUACCGAAGAAACAAUUCAGCAACUAAUUAUUGACCCACAGGCAGCAAUUACAUUGCGUCGUCACAAAGAGUCCCACGUGUUGGACUGCUCCCAAGGGACAUUAAAAUGUGUGACGUUUACCUGUCCACUGCUCAACAUGACAACCUCGGCCCAGAUCUAUGUCCGGUCCCGGUUGUGGAACAGCACAAUGCUAGAGGACUAUUCCAAUGCUCUGACCGUGAAAGUCAAAGGCCAAGCCACACUGAAGCUCAUUACAGAUAAACCAACCAUCAAAAUGGAGAGUCAAAGCACCACGUUUACUGUAGAAAUAGACCCAGAGGAGGAGCUAGAGACACCCUAUGAGCUUCCCCUGUGGAUCAUCAUCUCAGCUGCUGUAGCAGGAAUUUUACUACUUGGAAUCAUCAUUCUUAUACUAUGGAAGUGUGGCUUCUUCGAGAGGGCAAACAGGAGGGAGAUGUAUGAGGCCAAGGCCCAGAAGGCUGAGAUGAAGAUCCAGCCCUCUGAGACAGAGAGGCUGACUGAUGACUACUAAGACUCCAAUGUGUCUCCAGACUGCACACAUCUAUGGGGCUUUUGGCUUGGAUUCUUCAAGCGAGCCAUCUACUACAGGAUAAUGCCAAAGCACCAGGGGGUGAAAAUUCGCAGGGCUGAGCGCUAUCAGUUCAAUCUGGGCUUUCAGCCUGAGGAGCCGCAGAAGAAGUACUGGAUCACCAACUGGACAGAGAUGCAGCACUACCACUACUGAGGCCUUUACUUUGAACCUAGAACCACUCACUUCCACGGGGGUCAAGCAAAGAACGCUGGGCCCGAUUGAGCCACAUGACUUUGAAGUGCAUGGACCUGCCGUGGGUAGUUUUUUUAAAGUUUUAUUUUUGGUAGAUUUCUUCAAGUUUUUCUGUGCAAUAUACUUAACUUUUUGUUUAAGAGAUUGUAUUUCAGUUCAGUGCAGUGUUGUACAUUGGAGUCUGGAUUGCAUUCAAGAUUAAACUGUAGGUAGCUUCAUGAUUUUGCAGACCAGUACACUCAGACUGGCAUCUGCAUGCAUAUUUUCAUCUCUCAUCUGAACCCUUUUAGCAAAGUUAUUCGUCAAUUUAUGUGUUUCCCCCACAAGAUCUACUCUAAGUGGUAGAUGUUUUCUUUUUCUGUGAUUUCAUAUCUUUCCCUUCUCCGUCCCCAGACAUCACUUUGUGUUGAGUUAUUAAGGGUUUUAAACAUUAACAGGUUUUCAGAUCAUUUUCAAACUGCACUUACACCUGUGUUGGACAAGCAAUGCAUUAAUCCGUUAAUCCUCAAAUGGAUCAUUUUUCAGGCUUGGUAGAAGCAUUAUUCUCCUGGUUUCAUGAUUAUGUUUUUUUUUACUCAAUUUCGAGCAGCACAUUUGAUAUCCCCAUGUUACAUUCCACAGCAAGGUUACUCUAAGCAGCUAAGAAACUAGUUAAACAGCAACAGGUUCUUGUUUGUAUGUAGAGUAAGUCAGGAGUACAUUUUAUAACUUAUUACACAAUCUUGAGCCAAUACGUUUAAUAAAACCUGGUGUGCAAAUUUUAAGAACCCCAUACAGAAAGUCACAACACUGGAUUAAAUGAGACAUAACAUUAGGCUGGAUAUUACACACUCCAGAAUAGAUAGGUACAUUGUGGACUAUUUGAACAAAUGCAUACAUUGCUGUGCCUUCUUCUGUACUGUAUUUUUAUAAGACGGUACGGUGAUACAUGAUUGUGUCCAAGACAUUUUGGUCCUCAGUGAGAUCAACCUGUAGCCCUGAAGAUUGGACUAAGGGGUCAUCAAGUGGUCUCUAUGGAAUUAAGCAUUUUGUUAUCACUCCAGUCUGUGUUACCUGACAAGCCCGCAGGUACUCUGCUGAGUUAGGCUCUACUGACUUCAAGUAAACAGACUAAAAACCAAUGCACAAACUGUUUUUUGUGGUGGUGUUAUUUUUGUACUGUGCAGUUUUGGUAAUAAAUUGUUUGACAGCCA